AUGGCAAGAGAAUUGAGGGAAUAUACAGCCCUGGAUGCCCAGUCUGCAGAGGACCAGAUGGGACUUCUGGUCAUAAAGGUGGAGAAGGAGGAGGCCUCUGCCUUUGCAGAGGAGGCCCGAUUAUCUGGCAGCCCCGCACUGGACCCCCAGCACUCCCAGCCCGAGCACUCCCGCCAGUGCUUCCGGGGUUUCCGCUACCCUGAGGCUGCAGGGCCCCGGGAGGCGCUGAGUCGGCUCCGGGAGCUCUGCCGACAAUGGCUGCAACCUGAGAUGCACAGCAAGGAGCAGAUCCUGGAGCUGCUGGUGCUGGAGCAGUUCCUGACCAUCCUGCCUGGGGAGCUGCAGAGCUGGGUGCGGGAGCAGCAUCCCGAGAGCGGGGAGGAGGUGGUGGUUCUGUUGGAGUAUUUGGAGAGGCGGCUGGAUGACCCGAGGCUGCAGGUCCCAGAUGGUGACUGGGGGCAAGAACUGCUCUGUUGUAAGAUGGCACUGUUGACAGGAGCCAGGGGCUCACAAAGCAGCCAGUUCCAUCCAAUGAAGGCUCUGCUCAAGCAUGAAUCUUUGGGGUCCCAACUCUCAGAAGACAGAGUUCUCCAGGUGCCUGGUAUUGCCCAGGAAGCAGGUUGCAGAGGAGAUGCCAGGCUCAUCCCAGAGUCCCAGGGGCUGCUGAAAGAGGAAGAUAUGGCUUUGACCCUCUCCCCUGAGUUGGUACAGCUGGACUCAUCUCAAGCGAACCUCUGCAGAGAAGAGAGACAAGAGAACUGUGGCAACCUCAUCUCCUUGGGUGGUGAAAUACAGACUAAGUCCAGCAACUUGCAUCCUAAUGAGGAGCAUCUAGUACAAGAUCCUGGGGAGAGCCCAUGCCACAUGGGUGAAGACAUUGCCCAGAUUCCACCUUGUGCAGAAGCUGGUGAACAGGAGAGCAAGGUACACAGAAACCAGAAAAAUAUCAUAGGGAAGAGGCGGUACUAUUGUCAGGAAUGUGGGAAAAGUUUUACUCAGAGUUCAGGCCUGAGUAAGCACAAGAGAAUUCACACUGGGGAGAAGCCCUUUGAAUGUGAGCAGUGUGGCAAGGCCUUCAAUGGGAGCUCUGCCCUCGUCAUUCAUCAGCGAGUCCACACUGGUGAGAAGCCCUAUGAGUGUGAAGAAUGUGGCAAGGCUUUCCGUCAUAGCUCAGAUCUUAUCAGACACCAGAGAAUCCACACGGGGGAGAAGCCCUAUGAGUGUGACGACUGUGGGAAAACCUUCAGUCAGAGCUGCAGCCUCCUUGAACAUCACAGAAUCCACACUGGGGAGAAACCCUACCAGUGCAGCAUGUGUGGAAAAGCCUUCAGGCGAAGUUCGCAUCUCAUGAGACAUCAGAGGAUCCAUGGUGAGGACAAAAAUAUUCAGGAUUCUGAACGUGGGGAGAACUGGGAAGGCCAGGGUAGAAUGGAAAACCAAUGGGAAAAUGCUGAGGUUCCUGUAUCUUAUAAAUGUAACGAGUGUGACAAAAGUUUCACUCGAAGUAGAAGCCUUAUUGAACAUCAAAAAAUCCACACUGGUGAGAAGCCCUAUCAGUGUGAUGCAUGUGGAAGAGGCUUCACCCAAACUUCAUACCUCGUUCUACAUCAGAGAAGCCAUGUUAGGAAAAGAAUUCUGUCCCAGUGA